AUACCUAGCGUUGUUUUGGGAAAUGCGAAAUCCCGAUUCUCGCCUCUCUGCUUCAGUCCCUCGUCUCCCGACGCUUCCUUUCUCCUCCCUCUCCGUCCCCAAUGGAGUCGUCCUCACCGGCGAACCGCCUCCCUGAAGCCGACUCUCUCCCCGACGGAUUCGUCGAGAGCUCUGCCGAGCCCGCCGCGGCGGAGCCGCCGCAGCCUCCGCCGCCGCAGGACUACAACGGCUCUCUCCUCGACCUCGACCGCCCCGGUGACCCCGCCGUGGAGGGGCUCCCUCUCUCGCUCGCGCCCGAAACCCUAGAUCCCGAGGGCGUCGCGGAUCGUUUCGCAAAGCUCGCGACCUCCGCGGAUUCGUCGAUGGAGAAGGGGGGCCUCGAUUCGACGCAGGAGAGGAUCGCGGUCGCGGAUCGUGUGGCGGAAGCGGAGGGCGCAAGUUCUCCCCGCGACGAACGUAGUUGCGAGAGAGAGACUAACUUGUGUUUGGAGUUGCAUACUGCCAGCCUCAAGGAAAACAAAGAAGAAAAUGCUGAGCGUGUGAAAAACCAGAAGGAUAGUAGUGAACCAAAGCCUAAAGUUUCGAAGCGUGGCGCAAAAUCAGAAAAGGAGUUAUUGGAGUUCACUCUGAAGUAUCAAAAAGUAAUUGCAGAGAGGGAUGCAGGCAAGUUUCAACUGUCGGUUGCAGUUCGAGAAAGGCUUGAGUCAUUAUGUAGGGAACUGCAGCGCCAAAAUAAAAUGCUUAUGGAAGAAUGUCAAAGAGUGUCAACAGAGGGACAGAAUAUGAGGCUAGAUUUGUCUACAAAAUUUAACAAUGCCAUCAAGGAUGUAAGCAGUAAGCUUGAGGAACAGAAGGAUGAAUGCCUUACCCAAUUAAGGGAAAAUGAAAUGCUUAGAAAUAAAUUAAAACACCUUGCCGACCAGUAUACUCUUGCUGAACAGCAAUUUGGCCAAAAGUUGAAGCAAAAAAUUUUGGAACUUGAGCUUGCUGAUCUCAAAAUUCAACAACAUCAAGAAAGAUCAGCUCAGGAACAAACCCAGAUGCAGCUGUAUGCUGAACAAAUUUCGCAGCUUAUGGCCACUGAGAAGAGUUUACGCUUACAGCUGGCUGCCGAUGAAGAAAAAUUUCGGUCAUUUCAGGAUGCUUUGUCCAAAAGCAAUGACGUCUUUGAAGCACUAAAAGUGGAGAUGGAAAAGAUGGUGAAGUUGAUUAAGGAACUUAAAAAGGAGAAUGAAUUCUUAAAGGGCAAAUGUGAGAAGUCAGAUGUUGCAUUGGUGAAGCUCAUUGAGGACCGCGAACUUAUGAAGAAGCAAUUCGAGAAAGCAAAGAAUCAAAAAGAGAAGCUUGAGUCCUUGUGUCGGUCGCUACAAGCAGAGAGGAAACAUAGCUCAGCUGAGGGUAAUGCUGAUCCAGUUACCAUUCCACUCGAUGCGGUUAAUGACCCCUAAGAGACCUAGUGAUUUUGACAGUGCAAAGCCCGAUUGAGAUUUUCAGAUGUGUGACUGUAAGAAUAUAUCCAAACAGGAAUGAGAUGCAUAAUUUUAGUUUUUUUUUUUUUUCCGUUCUUUAUUUGCUUUUUUGGAUGUCUUCUUUGUGCUGUGGGAAGAAGGUGAGGAAGGGAGGUUUCGAUAGUUUUUGUAUUGUUUCCUAUAUAGUGUGUUAAAAUAUUCGGAUUACUUGAUACACCAAUCACAUCCUCGAGUUUUUGGAAUGGAAUGGAAGCACGGUAGUCUUCCUUGGGAA